AUGCGUUGGUUGGCAGAAGAUUUUGCACAUGAAAAACGUUGGAAACAAAUGAUGGCGAAGAAACUUUCAUUAGCUAUAUUAAAAUAUUUUCGUGAAAAAAAUCAAGCGGAAAAUCAACAACAACGUGAUGAACUUAAACGUUUACGUAAACAAGCACUAUUUGUAUGUAAAGAAGUAAUGAAUUUUUGGAAAAAUAUGCAUAAAGUAGCUGAAUUUAAAGAAACAACACGUAUACAAGAAUUACGUAAACAUCAAUUAGAUUUACAUUUAAAUUUUAUUGUUGAUCAAACAGAAAAAUAUUCCGAUUGGUUAGUUAAAUCAUUGAAAAGUGAAUCAAAUGCAGAUGAUGAUGAUAAAGAUUUUAAUCUAACUGAAGAUAUGAAUGAUGAUGAUAAUGAAGAAACAAUUGAACGUGAAGAAGAAGAUGAACAAGAUGAAUAUGCUGCUAAUGAAUUAAAAGAAUUAGAAGCUGAUCGAGAAGAAUCUAUUAAUGAUUUAUUAAAACGUUAUUAUGGAAUUGAUAUAUCAAAUUCUUCAAGUGAAAAAGAAAAUAAUAUUCCAAUUGAUAUUAAAGAAGAUGAUAAAAGUCAAUCACCAGCAACAACAACAACAAUAGAAGAUGAAAAUGAAACAAAACAAGAACUAGUAGAAGAUAAAGAAAUGAAUGAUUUAGCUACGACUGCUCAAGCACUUCAACCAACUGGAUUUACAUUAAAUACAACUGAAGUUAAAACACCGGUGCCAUUUUUAAUUAAACAUUCACUUAGAGAAUAUCAACAUGUUGGUUUAGAUUGGCUUGUUACAUUAUAUGAAAAUAAACUUAAUUGUAUUUUAGCUGACGAAAUGGGUUUAGGUAAAACUAUUCAAACAAUUGCAUUACUUGCUCAUUUAGCAUGUGAAAAAGGUGUUUGGGGUCCACAUUUAAUUGUUGUUCCAACAAGUGUUAUGUUGAAUUGGGAAUUAGAAUUUAAAAAAUGGUGUCCAGCAUUUAAAAUUCUAACAUAUUAUGGUUCUGUUAAAGAACGUCAAUUAAAACGUCAAGGUUGGACAAAAGUUAAUGCAUUUCAUGUAUGCAUAACAUCAUAUAAACUUGUUCUACAAGAUGCAAAAGCAUUUCGUCGUAAAAAAUGGAAAUAUUUAAUCUUAGAUGAAGCACAAAAUAUAAAAAAUUUUAAAUCACAACGUUGGCAAACAUUAUUAAAUUUUCAUUCCCAACGACGUUUAUUAUUAACAGGUACACCAUUACAAAAUUCUUUGAUGGAAUUAUGGUCAUUAAUGCAUUUUUUAAUGCCAAAUUUAUUUGCAUCACAUCAUGAAUUUCGUGAAUGGUUUUCCAAUCCGUUAACUGAAAUGAUUGAACAAGGACAAACAAAUGCAAAUGAUUCAUUAAUUAAACGUUUACAUAAAGUUUUACGUCCAUUUAUUUUACGACGUUUAAAAGUUGAUGUUGAAAAACAAAUGCCAAAAAAAACAUGA